AUGCCUCCUAAAGGUAAACAGCAGGCUCCAAGUAAAAAAGCGGAGCAAAAGAAGAAGGAAAAAAUUAUCGAGGAUAAAACCUUUGGUUUAAAAAAUAAAAAAGGAGCCAAACAACAAAGAUUUAUACAACAGGUUGAAAAACAGGUUAAAACUGGAGGAGUUCCACCGAGAAAACUUCAAGAUGAAAAUCAAAAAAAAAUUGAAAAGGAAAGAAAAGAACAAGAAAAGAAGGAAAUGUCUCUUCUUUUUAGGCCAGUAGUAACUCAAAAAAUAGAAAAAGGCACAGAUCCUAAAUCAGUUUUAUGUGCAUUCUAUAAGCAAGGUCAAUGUUCUAAAGGAGAUAAAUGUAAAUUUUCUCAUGAUGUGAGUGUUGAAAGAAAGGUUGAAAAACGUAGCUUGUAUGUUGAUUUGAGAGACGACGAUAACAUGGAAUCUUGGGAUGAAGAAAAAUUGCAAGAAGUCAUUGGUAAAAAACAUGGUGAAAGUAAUUCUAGGAAACCUACAACUGAAAUUAUUUGCAAAUAUUUUUUACAAGCUGUUGAAAAAAAUAAAUAUGGAUGGUUUUGGGAAUGUCCUAACGGAGGAGAUAAGUGCAUUUAUAGACAUGCAUUACCACCUGGUUUUGUUUUAAAAAAAGAUAAAAAAAAAGAUGAUAAAAAAGAUGAAAUUUCUAUAGAAGAAUUAGUUGAAAAAGAAAGAGCUGCUUUAGGAACAAAUUUAACUAAAGUAACUCUUGAAACGAUGACUGCUUGGAAAAAAAGAAAAUUGAAAGAGAAAAAAGAACAACUUUUAAAAGAAGAAGAAAAGAAAAGGAACGACUACAAAGCUGGUCGUCAAAUCGGGCUUUCUGGUCGUGAAAUGUUUUACUUCAAUCCUGAUUUGGCAGCCAAUGAUCUUAUGGAUGAAGGAGAUGAAGCAUUUGAUUCAUAUGCUCGUGAAGAAGAAGAAGAUGAAGUUCAAUAUAAAGAACUUGAACUUGAUUCUUUGGCAAAAGAAGCAUCUGAAGUUGAUGGUACAGGAACUGUAGCUCCUAACGAUAGAUUCAAAAGUGAAACAUUAUGUAAUCAAACUAAUUCUAAAGAUUCUAAUAAUUUGAAUUCUCAAUCAAAUGCAGCUGCAGUACCAAUCAAUGAAAAUUUAUUUUUAGAAGAUGAUGUUGAUUUAGAUGAAUUGGAUGAAUUAACAGAUGAUGUUGAUAAUUUAACCGUUAAUAAUUAG